AUGUCACGAACGUCCAAAGUAAACGGCUCUGCUUAUGGUUAUUCCAGUAGCAGAGUUGGCUCAAUGUCAGGAGCCAGGAGGCCAAGCUUUGCUUCUACCCUUAGGUAUCGGAGAUAUACAAACAGUUCUCAACAACAAAGGCCCGAGACUCCUUCGUCCUUUGCUCAGAGGCUUCUUUUGG